AUGUCGAAGCGGCUGCUGUCGCGGCUGCUCGGCAUGUUCCAAUCGCGGACGCAGUUGGGCGUCGACAAGGCCGGCAACCGAUACUUCACCCGCGUCGAGGAGGUCGACGGCGCCAUGAAGGAGAGGCGGUGGGUGGAGUUCAAGGGCGCCGACCAGGACUCGACCACCGUUCCAGUCGAGUGGAUUUGCUGGCUGAACGGCCAAAGGAAGAAAGCUCCUACACCAGAGGAAUUGGCUGAGCUGGAGGCAAGGCGUGAAUGUGUCAAGCAAAACAUUGAACUUCUCAAAAAGAAAGAAGAAGAGGAAAGAAAAACCGGUACCCGACCAGUCAAGAAAAUUGGGAAAGCCGAAUCUCCAAAUCUCCAAAGUUUCGUGAAGCAGCAGUUCUCUGGUACUCCUCCAGAUCAGCAGAAAGGUCAUCUGAACCAACAGGAACUGGUGCCACUUUCAAGCCAGGGACUUGGCAGCCACCAACAUGAAUGCCAACCUGAACUCUACAAGAUGAAGGGUGGUGUACCAGAGCAUUUUCCUUUCACCAAUCCGUGUAACAUUUUAACAUUUGCUCUGAAAGAAUCAAUAGCAUGA